GUGAUGUUAUAGUGUCUCCUGUCUCAUGGUGUGUCUCUGUUUGUUGACUUCACAGCUCAUCUGUGGGACGAGACACUUCUGACUUCAGGACGUCCGUCUGGAAUUAGUUCCCACUGAAGAACAAGAAUGACUUCUCCACAAAAGCUCAUCUGUGGGACGAGACACUUCUGACUUCAGGACGUCCGUCUGGAAUUAGUUCCCACUGAAGAACAAGAAUGACUUCUCCACAAAAGGGGGUCGUUCCUGAUGAAGAAGCAGGACCAGUCAGCGAGGAAGAUCAUGAGGUUCCUGAGACGCUGCAGACACAGAAACAGAGAGGAAUAGGAGUCAAACGUCACCACUGUCAGAACUGUGACAAAUCCUUCAAAACUUCAACCUCUUUAAAGAUUCAUCAGAGAGUUCACACUGGAGAGAAACCUUACAGCUGUGAUCAGUGUGGGGCAGCUUUCACAUUAAGGAGUCACUUAAAAAGACAUCAACGCAUUCAUACUGGAGAAAAACCUUACAGCUGUGCUCAAUGUGGGGCAGCUUUCACACAACAGAGUACCCUAAAAUGUCAUCAACGCAUUCACACUGGAGAGAAACCUUACAGCUGUGAUCAAUGUGGGGCAGCUUUCACACUAAGGAGUCACCUAAAAAGACAUCAACGCAUUCAUACUGGAGAGAAACCUUACAGCUGUGAUCAAUGUGGCGCAGCUUUCACACACCAGAGUAACCUACAAAGCCAUCAACGCAUUCACACAGGAGAGAAGCCGUACUGGUGUGAACAAUGUGGGGACAUUUUUUCUCGUGUUGAUGCCCUUAAAUCUCACCAGCGCAUUCACACUGGCGAGAAGCCGUACUGGUGUGAACAAUGUGGGAAAACGUUUUCUCGUGGUGAUACCCUUAAAUCUCACCAGCGCAUUCACACUGGAGAGAAGCCGUACUGGUGUGAACAAUGUGGGGACAUUUUUUCUCGUGCUGAUGCCCUUAAAUCUCACCAGCGCAUUCACACUGGAGAAAAGCCGUACAGCUGUGGACAAUGUGGGACAACGUUUUCUCGUGGUGAAACCCUUAAAUCUCACCAGCUCAUUCACACUGGAGAGAAGCCGCACUGGUGUGGACAAUGUGGGAAAACGUUUUCUCGUGGUGAUACCCUUAAAUCUCACCAGCGCAUUCACACUGGAGAAAAGCCGUACUGGUGUGAACAAUGUGGGAAAACAUUUUCUCAGAGUGGUAGCCUUAAAAGACACCAGCACAUCCACACUGCCUCGUAGUGAACAUGUUUCAGAGCCAAGCUGUUUCCUCCUGCCUCCUCCUCAUGCCCUGAUAGCUGUGUUGUUAUAUUCUGAUCUUCUCUCCACAUUGAAGGCUGACCAGCAGUAACUUUAUCUUCUGAACAGCAUGUAUGUUAUCCUGGCUACGACUCCAUAUUACGCUCCCUUCCUUUGAAGGGGUAGUCAUUCAUGUAAAAAGUUUUAACCCUCUGCUUUGAACCGUAUCCCACAGGCUUCUUCAGUGGAUCAGAGUUCAGUCUGACACUUCAGUCACAUUAAAACAGCUGGUCCCAUUCAGAGGGAAGUUUAAGAGCUGAAGAAGUCUGUGGAAUUUGGUCAAAAGCUCCAAAUGAGAGAAUGUGAGCUUUGUGUUGAGAAUGAUCUGUUAAAAAUGUGUUCCCAUUAUUUGUUUUUGUCUGCCUUAUGCAUAUACUUUUUUUUAUUAUUCGUAGUUUAACAUGAUAUUUUCUUACUUUGUGGACCUUUCAUUUAAUAAUCUAUAUUUUACAUUUUAUAUUAACUCUUUGUAUUUUCUGUCUCUGAAUGUGGUUUAAGAUCUGUUGAGUUUUGUUCACUGUAAAAACGGGAACUUGAAAUUGCUCAUCUUACUUUGAUUUUCAAUUAAACUGAA